CACAAUCAAUUAAUAUUUCUCUCCCUCUCCUCUGCUCUCUCUCUCCCCCUCUCUUCCUGCUCCUCUCCCUCCUCAAAUUCCUCUCUCCCUCUCCUUUUCUCCCUCGUCAUCCUCACCCUGCCUCCACAUGUGAUUUCUUUUAUCUCAUUUGUCUCUCUCCCUCCUGAUCUACCACUUCACAUCUUCCUCCUCCCUCGCUCUCCCUCCCUCCCUCCCUCUCUGGGCUUCUCUGGCAGGCUGCUCGUUGCAGUGAGUCAGUAUCAUGGAGGCAGGCAGCGGGGCUGCCGCAGCGGUGGGGAGUACAGCGCUAGGACUGCUGGGAGCCACAGCCACGUCCAGUCAUGACAUCUUGGACAGGGGUCUGAGGUCUGGACGUCACCUGGAGGACGACGAUAUUGUGCCUGAGCUGGCUUACAUCCACCCCAGAGAGAGACCAGACUGGGAGGAGACCAUCAGUGCCAUGGCGAGGAGUGCAGAGAUCCCCGAGCUGCGGGCCGAGCCCCUCAUGCGCUCCUGCAGCAGCAGCACGGCCAGCAUGAAGGUCAAGAAUGUCAAGAAACUCUGCUUCACUAAGGGACACUUCCCCAAGCUGGCAGAGUGCGCUCACUUCCACUACGAAAACGUCGACUUUGGCACAAUUCAGCUCUCACUCGGGGAUGAACAGUGUGAAGUGACGCGGAACGGCUUCGAGUCCAAGGAGCUGGUCUACCUGGUUCACAUUUACUGCCAGGGUCGGAGCUGGAUUGUGAAGCGCAGCUAUGAAGAUUUCCGUGUCCUGGACAAACACCUGCACCUCUGCAUCUACGACCGACGUUUCUCCCAGCUGCCUGAGCUGCCUCGAUUGGACAGUCUGACAGAUCAGUCAGAGUCAGUUUCCCAGAUGUUGUUGGCUUACCUCUCCCGGCUCUCAGCCAUCGCUGACAACAAGAUCAACUGUGGACCGGCCCUCACAUGGAUGGAGGUCGACAAUAAAGGGAAUCACCUGCUGGUCCAUGAAGAGUCGUCGAUCAACGUGCCAGCCAUCGCUGCUGCUCACGUCAUCAAGCGCUACAUCGCCCAGGCUUCAGAUGAGCUCUCCUUCGAGGUCGGAGACAUCGUGUCUGUGAUUGACAUGCCCCCUAAAGAAGACACCACAUGGUGGAGAGGCAAACAUGGCUUCCAGGUCGGCUUCUUUCCCAGCGAGUGUGUGGAGCUCAUCAAUGACAAAGUGCCGCAGUCCAUGACCAACACGGUGCCUAAACCAGCCUCCCCCUGCUCUGGCCUGCAGCCCGCUUCUUGGAGUCUCUUCCCUCCCUACUUGGAGAUGGAGAGUGUAAUACAGGACAAUGCAUGGGUGGCCGACCCGCUAAACCACUACAGCAUAAGUUCAGUGUCUAAGAAGCACGGCAAGCUGAUCACCUUCCUGCGCACCUUCAUGAAGUCCCGGCCCACCAAGCAGAAGCUGAAGCAGAGAGGCAUCCUCCGGGAGAGGGUGUUCGGCUGCGACCUCGGAGAACACCUCCUCAACUCGGCACACGAUGUGCCCCAGGUCCUCAAGAGCUGCACCGAGUUCAUUGAGAAGCACGGUGUGGUGGACGGCAUAUACCGCCUCUCUGGAAUUGCCUCAAAUAUCCAAAAGUUACGACACGAGUUUGACUCGGAGCAGAUCCCCGACCUGACCAAAGAUGUUUACAUCCAGGACAUCCACUGCGUCGGCUCGCUGUGUAAGCUCUACUUCAGAGAGCUGCCCAACCCCCUGCUCACCUACCAGCUCUACGAGAAAUUCUCUGAGGCUGUAUCAGCAGCCACAGACGAGGAACGACUCAUCAAAAUCCAUGAUGUCAUCCAGCAGCUUCCUCCGCCGCAUUACAGGACCCUGGAGUUCCUCAUGAGGCAUCUCUCCCACCUGGCAGCGUUCAGCUACAUCACCAACAUGCACAGCAAGAACCUGGCCAUCGUCUGGGCCCCCAACCUGCUCAGGUCAAAACAGAUUGAAUCAGCAUGCUUCAGCGGCACAGCAGCCUUCAUGGAGGUCAGGAUCCAGUCUGUGGUGGUGGAGUUUAUCCUGAACCAUGUGGACGUUCUCUUCAGCUCUAAACUGAGCUCUCUGAUACGAGAGGGAGCAGGUCACAACUCGCUGUCGCGGCCCAAAUCCCUGCUGGUUUCCUCUCCGUCCACCAAACUCCUGAGUCUAGAGGAGGCCCAGGCCCGGACCCAGGCCCAGAUCAACUCUCCAGUCACUGAGGACAGCAAGUACAUUGAGGUUGGAGAGGGUCCGGCUGCCCUGCAGGGCAAGUUCCACACCGUCAUCGAGUUUCCCACUGAGAGGAAGAGACCUCCUAUUAAAUCCAAGAAGUCCCCUGUGGGGAGUUGGCGAUCUUUCUUCAAUCUGGGAAAAUCUUCCUCCAUGUCCAAACGUAAGCUGACCAGAAACCCCAGCGAGCCAAACGAGCUGAAGGCCAUGGCUCUGGCUGGAGGAAGAGGAGACACAGCAACAUUAAGAUCAGCUAAAAGUGAAGAGUCUCUGAGUUCACUGCACAAUGUUGAAGGAGAGUCUAAGGUUUACCGUCCUCGGCGGCCACGCUCCAGCAGCGACGCCCUCUCGGCCUCCUUUAACGGCGACCUGCUGGACAGCCGGCAGCACUGCAACUCCUACGACAAUCUGGACGGCACAGAGGACAGCGACGGAGACGACGGGCCCAUCUGUGUGCCUGCCCUCAUCUCACCUCCGCGCUCGGCGGGUGAAGAUGUGGACCUCAGCCCGCCUGACAUCGGCAUGGCCUCCCUGGACUUUGACCCCAUGUCUUUCCAGUGCAGCCUCCCCGACACGUCGUAUGCCUUCCCUCUAGAUGACUCUCCGGCCGGGGCCGAGGGCUCCACGUUAAAGAGGAGUCCAGGCAGUAAGAGCAAUGGCUCUGACCUCAUGUCUGCCAGCUUCCUCGGCAGUCUGACCUCGCCUUUACUGUCCGGAGACUUCAGCUACAGAGAGAAGAUAGAGAGCAAGAAACUGACCACUUCUUAUUCUUACACUGAUAAACCUACACAGGCUGUGUCACCCAUCAAAUGUGCAAAGACCACCAGUCUGACACCGUUAGCCACUUCAGAGCUUUUCUGUGUAGAGAAGCCUGACGACAGGAACACAGUUGCACACCCUGUCUCUCCUCAGCCGUUAUCUCCUCCUGCAGCAGCCAAGGACUCUCCUCCACUGAUGGGCAGCGUGCUGCUGAGGGCAGCCGAGCCUUCGUUAAGUGAGGCUUUCCAAAUGGAGCUGCACUCUAAGCUGGCAACCUUUGACAGUGUGGACAGUCAAGAGCUGAAAGGAGAUGACAGUGUGCAGCAGGAGCCAGCUGCCAGCAGCCAGGAGCAACAAGGAGUCGUAGCUACGGACUCUUCAAAGGACCUCACCCCUCGUUUCCUCAGCUCUACAGCUCCCUCUGCUGCCCCUCCUCCUCCCCCGCCUAAAAACGCUGCCCGCAUGUUGGCCCUGGCCCUCGCCGAGUCUGCCCAGCAGGUCUCCAUUCAGUCUCAGUUCAGGUCCUCUGAGCCCCCCACACCGGUGUCUCCUCUGCAGACACAUGAGGAGUCUGACCUCCUGGAGGUGGCACAUCCAAAGGUCCAACAUUUCCAGACUUCCUCAGAGGACGGAGCAGAGAAAGGAAGUUCUCUGCCUCCAAACAGCACUGCUCCGACCGUCACCACAACCUCAUCAUAUCCCUCCGCUUCCAGUCCUGCAAUCAAGCUGCAGCCUCUCGAGUUAACCAGCACAAUAACCAAACUACCAGACAGUGCCAAGUCCUCCACGACUCCACCUAGUCCUCAUCCAGACACAGACUCCAGCUCAACUGACACUACUCUCUACAAGUGUGUCCCUCUCCCUACUUCAACCAGUCUAACUUCUCCAACAAGGAAGAGUCCAGAGAGGCAGCAGUCAGUCCCAGCACACGUCCCAGUCCACGUCCCAGUCCACGUCCCAGUACACACCAACUCCUCCAGCAACACUCCAGCAACCACACCGAGUGGCAGCCGCAAAGACACCAGAGUCUUACCACAGCCUGUCCCUGAGGUCAAACCAGCUGAGACUUCACCUCGUCCAAUCCUCCCAAAACCAUCAGAUCAGCCUCCUCCCAUAAAGCCCAAAAGGCAGGCACUGUCCCAGCAUCAAACUCAGACUCAGCAGCAGAGCCAGGCUCAGAUUCAGGCUCAUCUUCAAACACAGUCUAAUUCUCAGCCUCAUCCUCCAUCGCAGCCUCACACACAGCCUCAGACACCAGCCCUCCCCCAAACCCACACUCAGCCCGCCUCGAAGGCCAGUGCCAGAGUGGCCCCCACCUCUGCUGAGCCUGUGGAGAAGCCCUGGGAGGCCAUAAAGCCGGUUCAGCCCUGCACAGAGCCUGUUAAGUACCACGAUGUGUACGGACCUCCAGCCCCCCCUGUCCGCACUAUCGAGAGUAAACUGGCCACAGCAGCACUCAGCCAAAGUGAAGCCUCCUACCACGUCCUCGCUGAGGGUCCUGCCCCUGGUCAUCUGGAGGAAGCUCUGCCUCAUCACCCUCCGUCUCCUCGCAAAUCUUCCACACACCAACCGGCCUACCUUUACCACGCUAAAGCAGAACCGGUCUUGAUGGAGCCUCCAGGAGCCGCCUACUACCACCAAAGGCCGGUUCCUCUCGGCCCCCAGACCAUGCCACACCACUACCGGCCCGACAGUGUCCCCCCACACCUCUCCUUCGUGUCCAAAUCUGAGCCUCAGAUCCCUUACAGCGCCCGAGUGGACAACAGGUACAGCACUUUAGGCCCGCGGUCUUACCAUCACUCGAUUAAGUCCAGAGGAAACUCCCGCGGUGUGUACGUUUCUCCGGGGCCGGGGCAUCAGGGUUACGGCCACGACAGAACACACGGCUACCCAACCAUCCGCAGGGUGCACUCGCUUCAUGUCCCCUCCACGAUCCGUACUGUGCCCAUCCAGAGGACUGAAGUCCCGCCAGAUGAUGAAAUCUUCUUCUAUCACCGACCCGUCUACCCCUGCAAAGCCUACCAGCAGCCCCCGCACCAGCAGCCCCCGCAGCAGCAGCCCCCACAGCAGCAGCAGCAGCAGUCCUCACAGGGCGACUACCACGUCACCCAGCUGCAGCCUUACUUUGAGAACGGACGGGUUCAGUACCGCUACAGUCCCUACUCUGGUUCAGGCCCCGUGGAGGCACCUUACUACGACAUCGACCCCUAUGGCACCAUCCGAGUCCGCCACUUCCACUCCAGAGAUCCAGGAGCCGCCGCAGGGCGACCAGGUGGAAAGGCGACCGGGUACCACUAUCUCGCUCGCCACGUUCUCCCACCGGGGAAGGAGCACAGCUUUGUGAGCAGGGACAUGCCACCUGGACACGCAAGCAUGGAGGCUCCAGCUUACCUCUCUUGGGAUCCCGAGGAGUCAGAGAGACUUCGCUUUCAGUCCAUCCGCAGAGAGAGCCGGGCCCGGCAGAAGGUCAAAGGCCCUGUCCUCUCUCAGUAUGACAACGUGGGCCUCUUUGCCCCAGCAGAUAUAUCGGGCUAUGAAAUGCUGCACCUGCGCAGUAAGUCUGACCCAGGUAAAGCUGUGCUGGCUGCAGCUGAGAGCAAAGAUGGACGCUACCUCCCCAGACAUAUGACAUCAGACCCUGAUGUCGUCCUGUACAUGGAGACUGACAAGCAUGUCCAGGGAGACAGGUCGGAGGGACUUGCCAAGCAAAGCACUUCCAAGAAAUGUCAAUCCUCCCACUCCUUUCCUUCUUCUCUGAGCCACAGUCUCUCCCACCAGCAGGAGAGCAGUCGACACGACGCCAAGCCUGCAGACGACAAGCAGGGCACAGACGGAAGCAGGUCCAAACACUGGCAGCAGGAGUAUCCCAGCAAGAGGAGCUUUACACCGCGGUACGAGUGUCCCGAUUCUGACCACAAAGGGAAGAGUGGAUACCACAGUACAGAAGAGCAGCCGUCUGACCCCAGGGAUCAACAUGCCCAUUCCAAACCCGAGCGAUCCCACAGCGUCAGAGAGCCGCCGCACUACAGCAAACCUGAGCCAGACAGAGACUACUCCUAUCAGAAACACAGCAGCAAAGCGGCUCAGUCCCACUAUGACAACCUGGACGAUUAUCGGCCAGUACCUCAGCCACAGGCCCCGCUUCACAAACGGGGAGGCUCUGGCUCGUAUCCAGGCCCAGGGUUCUCAGUGAGCCAAAAUAACAGAGCGUACUCCACCGCGCUAGGCCAGGGAGGCUACAUCCAGACUGACCUGGCCCUGCCCAGGCCAGAGACAGAGAUACGUACUGAAUGAAGCAUUUAACAUGAGAAAUGAUGUUUAGCUGUGUAUAAAAAGACUCUGAUGAGCUGCUGCUGAGCAGCCUCUGCAGGACAGCGGACUGUCGCAGCACCAAUAUUUUUGCUCCUCUGUAUUUUUAAUGAAUUGUAAAGAAAAAUGUCUGACUUUUUACAGAAAGCCCUGAAUGUACCUGAAGUUAUUGUCCAAAAAGUCAUAUUGUUGUGAUUGAUUGAGACAGUAGCCAGUCAUAAAUGUAUAUGAUAUGAAGACAUAAGGUACAUUUAACAGGAAAUGUAAAAUAUAUAUACUAAAUAUAUAAAUAUAUGAACAGAAUCAAUAGAAAAAAGGGGGAUUUUUAGUUGUUGUUUUUUUUAGGUGUGGCGCUGGGUAUAAACUGGGAUUCAUGUUUGCAUUUUAGAAAUGCAUGCACUCUAUCUCUUACAGAACAGUUCUGUGUACUUCACCAUCCAUUGUGUUCUUUCUGGAUGUUACAGCACAAGUUAAAGACAGGUGGUACAUGAAGGUCAUCGAGCCCUCUCUCUGCUUUAAUGUGCACAAGAAGCGAUACGAGCGUCCAUGUUUGUCUUUAAGAAUCUGACUGGGUGUGAGGUUUGUAAGGAGCUGGGAUGAAAUAUUUGAUUCAUUUUAUUUUAUUUUUUUCUUUCAUUGUCUUUUUUUCAGUGACUGUGCCAUUUUAUGUAACUUUUCUAUAAACACAUUUCAGUGACUCUAAUGGGAUGUUUUGGUACUUGUAUGUUAGGGACCAAAUGACUUGGCGCAGUUGUUGCACAUAACGGGAUAAAGAGGGGAUGAUGGAUGAAUGCCUGUUGUUCCUUUUUAGAUGUGUAAGAGUUUGUUUUUAUUAUUUAAUUUUUUCCAUCACAUUGACGGUACAUUCAUGAACUGGACUGACUGAAUAAAGAUGAAAACAUUUUCCUCUCAAACGACCUGGUGAAGAACAUUUUGAAGCUGCUUUGGUGGACAAGCCUUACAUUUUGUUUCCACAGGCCAGAUAUACUUUACGGUCAUCGUCAUGACGCACAAACCUUUGUGAUAUCUAGAUUUCAGAUCACUUCUGAUGAGUCGACAGUUCUUAGUUGAAGGUGUCAUGAUGGGGUCAUUUGGUUUGUAUCUACUUGCUUUCUUUGGAAACAAUAAGGGAGGGAUUUUUUUUUAAGAAUCAAUGUGUAGUACACCCAUCCGGUAUUAUACCACCCCUUUGGAUCAGCAUAAUGUAUGGAUUACACUGUUUCAAAUCUGUCUUAAUCCAGGUUGUACUCUGUAACUGUUGACUUCUAUAUCGCUUGCAGGUUUCACUUCUCUUGCCUUAUCGAAAAGCCUCUUCCUUUUCAGACGGGGCGAUGAUUUAAGGCACCGUGUACUUGAAUGUGAAAACACUCUCGUCUCAAUCUAGAGGUAUCUAAAGUUAGAUAUGAAAUAAAUAAAACUGUUCAGGAACAGCUAAAAUCCA